UUGGUCAGUGCUCGCUAAAUGAAUUAAUUUUGUAGAUUUUUUUUAUAUAUUGUAAAGUAUUAAAGUAUGAUGUGUCAUUAUUUUGUUCACAUGCGAUGGAAAGUAUUUAGAAAUACAAAUUUCAAUCUUGAACGUAAUGCUAUUAGCAAGGUGGAGCAGUAAUUGUAAAGGAAAAAGCUACCAUGGAAAAUUUUCAGAACAACCUUUCUUAUGUGUCUUACAGUCAAGACUUUGGGAAAACAUCCCAGGCUGAUGGAUACAUGAUGUUAGCAAAUAGAAAUUCAAGUCUAUCUGAAUCACAAGUGCUGACUUCUGAGAAAUCUCCGGUAUUUUCAUUUCAUUCAAUGUAUCAACCAAGUGGCCUUCAGGCGGAAUCAGUUCAUCAACAAGAUUGUAUAAAGUAUAGUGACAAGGAGUUUGGUGCAUCUACAAAUGCUGGUAGAGCUGUGGGCUUAGAUAUGACUAAUAAAAAUGUUUCUGUAAAUAUGGAUCUCAACAGUCAAACUAGUGGCUUUGAGUCAAAGAUAAGGUCAUUAGAUGUUAGUAAUCCAUUAACAUCAAGUACACAAGUAACUUCAUCAUAUUCUAACAGUGGCAUGUCAGGAAAUAUUCAAAUACAAAACUAUGGUAACAGUGUUGUCAAUAUGUCAACAGCAAAUAUAAGCAAUGACACAAAAGAUAACUCUUUAUCAUUCGGUUUACAUACUUUCAAUAGGAGUUAUGUUCCCUGUGAGGAGAAACCCAGUAUUGAUUAUAUGUAUAGAUGUGGUGGCUGUGAACAGAGUUUUUACACAAUAUGUAAAUUGCAUGCUCAUAUUAAAACACAUAAUGGAAAUGGGUCCUAUUAUUUUUCUGAAUCUACCAAGACAGCUUAUCCAAAGUUUGUUACUGAUAGUAGAGGCACACAAACAGGCCAUGGUACACGUCAUACAAAAUAUUCAAAAGUUAAAGAAAUAGACUUUGAAGAAAAUAGUAAUGCCAUUGUUAAUAGUAAUUCCAAAGACACUAGUUCAUUAAGAGUGGAUACAGAAAACAUGGCAAGAAAUGUUGUAAACUUAGCAAGUGAAGGUGAACCAGAAAUUAAGAUUGAGAAAGAAGAUCCCGACUGUGUCCCUGAUAUAAAUAGAAUUAAUAAAUCAGGUAGCGAUACUGAUGAUUAUAAACCCGAGGAAUCCUUAAUUUUAAAUGGAAAGAAAAAACAAAAGGUUUCUAAAAGGAAACAUCGUAAUAAAAGUAAAGUAACAACAAAAGGAAGUAAAAAACUGAAAAAAUUGAAAAUGACUAUCAGAUUGAAACAAGAGGUAAGAAAGGAAAAAAGGGUAUCUUUCUUAAAGAAAGAUAGAAAAACAAAGGCAAGCAGUAAUAUGACAGUUAAAAGAAAGAAAACAGAUGAAAAGAUAACAUGUAAGCUGUGUAAAGAGGAUUUUACAAAAAGAUUGUUUUUACGACAUCACAUAAAGUCAAAACACUCAGAUGUUGAAUAUUUAUGCCAGUUAUGUGGUGAACAGUUUACAGUGGAUGAGGAUUUAAUUGAACACAGAAAAACUGUCCAUAACCGUGGCUUCCAUCAAUGUGAGCUGUGUGACAAGGUCUUGUCUACAAAAGGAAUGCUGGAAGGUCAUUAUCUUGUACACAAGGGAAUCAAACCUUUUGCAUGUGAAAUCUGUGUUCCAAAGAAAGAAUUUACAAGAAAAUGCCAGCUAAAGGCACAUAUGGACACACAUUCCACAGAGAAGACCCUACAGUGUGAGUUCUGUGGGAAACCAUUUAAUGCUCGAUAUCUGAUGUUGAGUCAUGUAAAACAUUGUGGGGGUAUCAAGCCUCACAAGUGUGAAUACUGUGAGAUGAGUUUUGUAUCAAACCAUUGCUUACAAAGGCACAGACGGACACAUACAGGAGAAAAACCAUUUGUUUGUGAGGUGUGUGCAUUUGCCAGCAGUAAUGCCAGUUGUCUAUCUAGACAUAUGAGAACACACACUGGUGAGAAACCAUUUAAAUGUCAAUUUUGUCAACAGACAUUUGCUGCCAGAGGGGCAUUAAAGAAGCAUGUUCGUAUACACACACAGGAAAAACCAUACAAGUGCCGUUUCUGUACAAAAGCAUUCACACAAAACUGGAACUUAAAAACCCAUGAGAGGCAGCAUACUGGGGAAACACCGUACAAAUGCCAUGUUUGUGGCAUUGGAUAUAAACAAAAUGUUUUACUGAAAACUCACUUGAGGACCCACUUUGGUCAAAACAGUGAAAGCAGUGAAUCCCAGAAUCUUGCUCUAAACCAGUCUGUAUCACAAUCACGGUCUCUAGCUGAGAACCAGUCAAACAUUAACUGUCAAUCACAUUCUAGUAUGCAGACUUGUUCCAAGUCUGAAAAUCUGAAAUCAGAGUUUCCCGAGUCGCAGUCUAUAAACAGCCAGUCACAACUGAUAGAACUUCAUUCACAACCACUUGUGCCAAAUAUGUUACUGUCAACUUUUCUUCACUCUGGAUAUAACAUGAAUUGAAGAAUACUUCAUUAUGAAAUCAGUGCCUACUUUUGAGAAAGCUGAAGGAUUUAACUAUUUUAGAAAAUACAAUUUAGAAAAAGUAGAAAAUAAUUAUUAGGAAGAUCAUAUUUAUUAUUGAACAUUUAAGCAAUUGGAACAUCAGUAUUUUUUAGCUCGACUAUACAAAGUAUAUAUAGAGCUGGCCUACUCGCCCCGGCGUCCGCGUCCAGAUUUUAGAUUAAAGUUUUGGUGCAGUAAAAUAUUUUUCACUAUUACUUUGUCAUUUCUCAAGGUAUCAACUUCAAACUUCAAAUAUAUGUUCCUUAUCAUCAACCACAUCUUAUGUGACAAGGUUCAUAACUUUAGCACCAAUAUUUUCAGAUUUAUCUCCCCUUGAACUUAGAAUUUUCCUUAAAAAAUACUAUUUUUUACUGUUACUUCUUUAUUUCUUAAGGGAUCAACCUCAUACUUCAAAUAUAUGUACCAUAUCAUCAUCCCCAUCUUAUGUGACAAGGUUCAUAACUCUAGCACCAAUAUUUUUAGAUUUAUCUCCCCUUGAACUUAGAAUUUUCCAUCAAAAGUAUUAUUUUUUACUGUUACUUAUUUAUUUCUAAAGGGAUCAACUUCAUACUUCAAAUAUAUGUACAUUAUCAUCAUCCACAUCUUAUGUGAAAAGGUUCAUAACUCUAGCACCAAUAUUGCAAGAAUUAUCUCCCCAUAAACUUAGAUUUUUUUACUAGAAAAAUGUUAUUUUUUACUAUAACUUUUUUAUUUUUAAAGGUAUCUACCUCAAACUUCAAAUACUUAUUCCUUAUCAUCAAUUACAUUUUAUGUGACAAUGUUCAUAACUCUUGAAGCAAUAUUUACAGAUUUAUCUCUCUUUGAACUUAGGAUUUUCUUUAAGAAAUAUAAUAACUUCUUUACUUUUUAAGGUACAAUGUAUCUACUUCAAAACUUCAAUAUAUAUUUUCUUAUCAUUACACAAAUGUUGUGUGACAAGGUCCAUAACUCUAGCAUGACUAUUUCUAUAAUUAUUCCCCAACAAAUGUUAUUUUUUUACUAUAACUUAAUACAUAAUUAUACAUAAUUGAUGUUUCUUUCAUAGUUUUGCCCUUACUGCGUCCAGUAUUUUAUUAGUCGAGCUUCGCUGUCUCCUGUGACAGCUCUUGUUACAGUUAAAUCGGCUUUACUAUUAAAAGAAUAGUACAAUUAUUUUCAGGCAAAUUAUUACAAAAAAGGUUGCACUUUACCGUGUACUGUGUUUCAACCUUGUUAAAGUUUAUGUCCAAUUUUACAUCAAGCUUUGAUAACAUUCAGAACUACA